CUAUUCUAAAUUCAUUUUUUCGAUUAUCUGUGUAGGUAGGUAUAUCAUAAAAGCUGAACGUGGCAUUUCAGUCAUUUGAGACUGUUGGCUCUGUCAAACUCGCAAAAGAUAUAGACGUGCUGGAAUAUAUGUAUAUUUAUGUAUGCAUUUAACAAAACGCAAAUUUAGUAUUGCCUUUAUGGUCGACAUAAGUAGAAAUAAUUUGAGCAGUUUCGAAAUACCUAAAUAACGCAUAAACAUACAAUUAUUACUUUCCCAGAGGGGUAGGUAGAGACAACACAUGUGUAUUAGGUUUAAAAAUAAAACACGAUAAACUCAAUGCUUGAUGAUGAGUAGUAUUGAAAUUGGAGACUUUCUUGUGAAAAGUCAAAUAAUCUCUUUGGUUAUCCGAAAUGAUAAAGGAGAGAUAUUUUUAUUGAAUAUGCGAUGUACGUUAAAAUCAAAUUGGUCGAAGGUGAUAAGAAUACGGCAACACCAAAUUGAUGUCACCUAUCACUGUCAUUCAGUUCAAUAUUAAUUGUUGUUUUGUUGUGGUUGUGAUGAUCGUGGAGUUGUGUUUAAUUAUUUUCUUAAACAAUGUCUUCUUCAGAUUCCGAUGAUGAUUGUUACGGAAACAUAGCGAAGAAAUUACAAUCGAUGAAAAACAAAUAUACAGAAGAUAAAGUUGAAUACAGCAGUAUCUUGAACGAAUCAUCGGAAAUAGACGAGAUUGUAAAAAAAGCUGGUAUUGGCGCGAAAACCGUGGUCAAUCCUGUUGUUAAUACUAAAAAAGCGGAUGAAGAUGAAAGUUUUGAGUUGUCUGAAGACUUAAAACUUGAAUGUUUACUUGCUGGGUCGUCUAAAAGAGUAACUAGAGCAUCUUCUAAAAGAGGUAAGAAAAAAGAUGAGACUAAUGAAGAAAUGCCGGCUCCGACAAGAAGAAAAAGUGAUGAAAGUCCAAAUGAAAGUUCUAGAGGUCAAAGAGGCCGAGGUAGAGGCCGUCGGGGCCGACAUGAUACUAAUAACGGUGUGUUAAAUAUAAGUGCUAGUAAUACAGGGCGGGGCCGAGGUAGAAGAGGCCGAGCGACGCCUCGAGGCCGCAGAGGACGUGGAAGACACAGACCGAAUUGGCAAUCCAUUUUUGAUGAAGACUUUGAAACCGCAGUCACACCAAAUACACCAGUCUACCCGACUUACAGCGUUGGCAACACAGACGAGUACCCGGACCAAAGUGAAAGUCAAAGCUUAUUUAGUAAAAAGCCACAAACACAAACCGACAUAGUUAUUAUAGAUGAUAAUGAUCCGUUAGAAGAAAAUGAGGAGUUAUCAGUAAAAGUUUACUGGCAAAGCGCCGAGUAUUUCAAAUUCUCAAUACGUAAAUAUCAAAAACUCACAUCAAUAUUCGACUAUUUUGCCAAAAAGGAGAAUGUCAAUUUUGACAAAUUAUUUUUUACGUUCAAUGACAGAAUUUUAAAGCCUGAUGAUACUCCGGACUCUAUAAAUUAUAAUAUCGUUAAAUUCAUUGACGGCGGGAUUGUCAACCAAAGUGUUUCGAAGUUAGUAACGAAUAAUAAAAAUAAUGUUACGAAUGGCAUCAAAUUGAAAUUCCAAUGUCAGAAUGUGAAGAAGCCGUUUGAAACGGUGAUCAGGUUGGAGGAACGGCUGUCAGUCGCCAUGUUGAAAUGUGCAGAAUUUUUCGAGAAGCCUUUAGAUAAGUUGCGGUUUGAAUUUGACGGGGACACAUUAUCAGGUAAAAAUACACCUGAAGACUUGGAACUAGAAGGUGGAGAAUGCAUAGAUGUGAAAAUACUAAGCUGAUAAAUGUGGAUUCUGUUUAUAAAGGAUUCUAUCAUUCAUUCAUAUAAUCACGUCUAUAUCCCUUGCGGGGUAGACAGAGCCAGAAGUCUUAGAAGAAUGAUAGGCCAUGUUCAGCUGUUAGGCUUAAUGAUAGAAUUGAGAUUAAAUCCUUCCUUCAAAGCAGAGUAAUAUUUUUUUACAGUGUCUGAAAUAGAUCAUGAAUGUAGCAGUUGAAAAGUUGCUUGUCUUUGUAUAAAAAUAAGGUCCAUACUAAAUAUCAUUGUCGUGGGCGUAUGAAGUGAUCGGGGAGUGCCCACCCCAAAUUAGUUUAUCCAUCCUUGAAUACUCAAAAAUAGGCAGUCCGAUUGUUGAGUUCCUACAGCUAAUCAACUCAAAAUUGAUGAUACGUCGAAGUCAUACUGUGACCCCGGUCAAAUUAAAUCAAAUAUAUUUAUUGUGUAACAAAGGUUAAAAGGCUGUUACAUAUUUGUGAUAAUUUCUGUGAGCUGCUGGUCGGUGCAAGCCGGUCGAAAUGUCAGGUAAAAACGGCUUGGCGUUACCGUUUGCAUAUUAUAAUAACAAUACGUACGACGCGAAAGUUUAAAAGGUAAAAAU